AUGACUAACUUGAAUAGCCACUUUGAAGUUCAAAUAUACAAUGGCUGGUGGCAACCUCGUGCGUUCUUCUUAGACUUAGUUGGUAAACUAAAGACAGCGCAGGCGCUCACACAGCAUCCAUUCGACUUUGUCGAUAUACAUCUUACCACACCAGGCUCAAGUUGGCAAUGGGCAGUUUUCUCAAUGUUUGGUGUCUCUGGCAUUGUGACACUCUUUUUGGUGUACUUCACAAAGCGCUACAUCAGGGGAAUGUGGACACUUGCAUUUGUCGUUUUUCACAUUUCUUUCGUAGCCUACUUUGUCAUGGCCUCUGGUUUGGGCUGGACUGCAAUCGAAGUCCAAUUUUUACACGGUAGAGGUACGACAUUUGGUGGUACACGCCAAAUCAACUACACCCGCUUCGUGCAACAAAUUUUAGCUAGCCCUACCUAUGUUCUAAUUUUGUUAUUGGGCGCUGGUGCAAAUGUUGAAAUGAUGCUGUUUGGGAUGUUCACACAGAUUUAUUUCUGGGUCUGUCUCCUCAUUGCAUCACUCAUUAGCGACCAAUAUAAAUGGGGUUUAUUCACAAUGGCCGUAGUGCUCGAAUUUAAUGUUUGGGCGGUACUAUUACACCAAGGCAUGCAUAUGCUACCUUUGCGCGGCUCGACUACUAAAAAAGGUGUUUUCUACGGUGUCACUGGAUGGUAUAUCCUCAUCUACUUGCUUUACAUCAUCGCAGUCGGUGUGAGCGAACUAGGUAACGUUAUAACAGUCACGGCUGAGGCUGUAUUUUACGGAGUACUCGACCUUUGCAUUCAAAUCGUUAUGCUCUUUGUUUUCAUCCCAGCUUUCUCAAGUUACAUCCCAGGUGUAGGAAGCAGAGGUGCGGCAAUAGAGGGACAAGCACUUGACAAUCCCUCAUAUGCACUACCUCGCAAAGAACCUCCGCAAGUGCAACAACAACAACCAGUUGAGCAGGUCACGCAACCAGCACAACAAGCACAUACACAGGAGAAGGUCCAAAUGCCACAGCCUCAACAUACGGCUCAACAAGGACAGCAACAACAGCCACAACCGGCAUAA